AUGACCCAGAUUUACACGCCCUUAAAUUCAGAUCUGUUUCAAAUCCGGCGCUUAACCCUUCAACCAGCUAUCAGCCUCAAUGAUACUCUCCACGGUAAUCUCGAUGUGGUUUCUCUAGAAUCAAACCCAGAGUAUGAAGCUCUCUCGUAUGUAUGGGGCGCAACCACACCAGCUAAGACUAUCAACCUUGAUGGCCUUCUGAUUUCCAUCACGCCAAAUCUCGAGAAUGCUUUACGCAACCUUCGUCUUACCAAUCUUCCUCGAAUCCUCUGGGUUGACGCAUUAUGUAUCAAUCAGGAUGAUCUUGAUGAACGUGCCUCGCAGGUUGCGCUCAUGAGACGGGUCUACUCGGAAGCUACUACGGUCUUGAUUUGGCUUGGUUCGGAAUCAGAUGGUAGUGAUGAUGCGAUGCGGAGUAUUGAACGUUUUGACAAGGGAUAUUGGAAAACGUAUGAUUUCCAAACUCAGUUUAUGGAGAUUUUAUUUCGGCCGUGGUUUACGCGCAUUUGGACGGUGCAGGAGUUUGUUAUGGGGAAGCAUAGUGUUGUGGAUGGAAGAAUGAAAAAUCCUUUGUUUGGAUGUGGGGGUGUUUGGGUUGAAUGGCUGCCCUUUAUCACGGCGUGGGCCUAUUUUUCAGACGAUACAAACAUCAUGGAGGAGAAAUACAAGAAAGCGUACCACGAUGCGGUGGCCAAGACAUUUGAGCCCGAGUGGAUUCGACUUGUUCAUUCAAAGCCAGUGGGUACAGAACCUACUUCUCUAGAAGGAGUAAUCACAGGAUUGAGAAGCGCAUUUGGCGAAGAUUUCUUGCAGAAUUUACCCUAUUCAAAUGUGAAAGAUUUAGAUGAAGAAAUCCAGCUCAAUCCGGUAGUAUGGAGAGCCAGAUACACCAUCAUGAGAUAUUCUCAAUACGGUUCCGUCGAAGCUAAAGCAUUCUGGAGAAGAAUGGAGCUCACAAAACGCGUUCCAAUCACUUACCAUGGCUUUCUUAUGCACUCCCGCGGUACUAUUCACAUCCGCAAGGAACCACUUACUCUUGAAACUGUUCUAAAAGGUACAAUGAACCUUCGGUCUACUGACCCGCGGGACAAGAUCUACGGAAUCCUUGGUUUACUGAGUGAAGAAGCUAGAGCAGCUAUUCCUAUUGAUUACCACAAGGAACCAGAAUGGACAUUUGUGCCGACAAUGACCUACAUUAUACAUCAUGAGCCAAAAGGUCUAGCACUUCUCGGUCUUCUUUGGCGGACACGCCAAUUUAAAACGCCUCUUCCCUCUUGGGUUCCAGAUUUCACCAUCUCGGCUGAUUAUAACGAUGAACAUAAUCCCGUCUUUCUGCGCGGGGGUUGCGCAAAUUAUACUUGGGAUUGGCCUCAAGAUACCAAUGCCACAGUAUCACAGGACAAAAUCAUACUUUCAGCGCACAUGAUUAAUUUUGGCCGCGUCACUCAUAUCAUCUCUUUCAUCGAUGGAGAUCGCAGCUACUACAUCUCGCGAUUCAAAGAGAUUGAAUGUCUCCUCACCAUUCAUGCUCCUCUAAGCGAACCUCUCUGGCGCACACUCGCCGGCUAUUUUGAGAGAUACGGAUUCCAUGCAGAUAGGGAUGGAGAGGAGAAUUGA